UUGAACGCCACCUACCGCUAAUUGAAUUCAUGUUUUAUAAUUACUGAUUUACCCCUAAACAAGUUUUAUUUCGCUUUCACGCCCGUUCUGCUACUGCUUCAUAAUCCGAAGAGAACUGAUGAGGCAGUAAAAAGUGAUAAAGCCACAGCCAUACUACUGGCAAGUAAUCCGUUACGUAUAAAUCACGUUACUGCAGAGGGAGUUCUUUUGCUGGUAGCUCAGUCGAAGAUCUACAAUGGAGUCUUCACUAUUGACAUCGCCGGCGGCAAUUUCUCGUUUGGGAGCAUCGAGAACUCUUAAUUGCAAUUGCAGUCCUUUAAUUUCUCAACUUCACCGCCAUUUUUCUACUCGGCCGACUCACUUUGUACUGCUGAGUCAACUCGCUCGGCUCCAUCUCCGAGCCGUAUGUAACGGUGAGGUUCGACGUUUGAACCGGUUCGGACCGGUUUUGCUGUCGAAGAGCUUGGCAGCGGCGAACUUGCGCCCGGUUCGGAAGGAUUUGCGGAGAGUUUCUGGCUCUGCGGCUUCGUUUGCAGCUGGCAGUGGAGGAAAUGAUGGCUCCGGUGGUAAUGGCGAUGGCGGAGGGGGCAAUGGAGGUGGUGCGACAGACGGCGGGAAGGAAAAUCCUAGUGUUGUUGCUGAAACGAGUGAAGAUGUAUCCGCUUUGUCCUCUGACGUC